AUGUUUAGAAGUAUUCAUAUACGAUGGUUCAUGAAAAGGUCUUAUAGAAUGUCCAAGAAUACUAAUACUGCUGCCUCUACUCCUGCUACAGUGGCCUUGCCAGCUCCGCCACCUGUCGACUACUCAUCAUGGUCAAAGGAAGAUUUGAUUGCAAAGAUAUCCGAAUUGGAACACAAGACAAGCCCAACAACAUCAACUACAUCUGUGUCCACACCAGAGACAAAGCAUAAACUGAAGAAGCAAAAGCAAUUUGAUUGGAGUAAGCACAAUUUACGUUUUGUUGCGUUACGAUUUGCUUAUCUAGGCUGGAAUUAUAAUGGACUCGCGUACCAAUUUGAACCAACUCCAUUACCCACAGUGGAAGAAACGAUUUUGAAAACUUUAUCCAAGAUCAAACUCAUUCCCGAACCUAUAGACCAAGUUGAUUUCUCGAGGUGUGGAAGAACCGAUAAGGGAGUAAGCGCAAUGAAUCAAGUGAUUUCCAUCAAACUUCGAUCAAAUAUGACACCAGAAGAACAACAAGAUUCAUCGAAUGAUGACAAAGAAAUUGAUUAUUUGACAAUUAUAAACGCCAAUUUACCAGCUGACAUCAAGGUACACUCUAUAUGCCUACAUCCUCCACCAGAUUUUGAUGCCAGAUUCAGCUGCAAGAAUCGUCAUUAUCGGUACUUGUUUAAAUCAUCUAAUUUGGAUAUUGACGCCAUGAACAAAGCAGCUGAACUAUACCAAGGGCAGCACGAUUUCCGCAACUUUUGUAAAUUGGACGGAUCAAAACAAAUAACCAAUUUCGAGCGUUUUAUAUACAGCUCGAAAAUCAUUCACUUGGAGAAUGACUUGUACUGCUUUGAUUUGAUUGGCACUGCAUUUCUUUGGCAUCAAGUACGAUGCAUGGUUGCCGUAUUGUUCCUAGUGGCGCAGCGCUUAGAAAAACCCGAGAUUGUGACCGACUUGAUGGAUAUCACCAAAUACCCCACCAAACCACAAUAUGAGAUGGCAAAUGAUAUACCACUUGUGUUGUAUGAUUGUGAAUUUCCACCUAUGGAAUGGAAACAAUUCGACAAUGCGCACAAGUUUAAUCGGAUCAUGAAUGGUUUCAAGGGUAUGUGCUAUGAUUUGAGUAUCAAAACCAAAAUGCUGAGUGUUAUGGAAGAUCUUGUAUUCAAAGACCAGCCUCAAGCAACUGCAGCACCAACAAACACGGUGCCUCUUGGUGAUGGGGUAGGUCGCGCUUUUGCCAAAUAUACUCCAUUAGCCAACCGAGAACGAACUGACAGUUAUGAGAUCAUCAAUGCCCGGUGGAUGGCAAAAAAGGAAUUUAAAAGAUCCACCAACGAAUAG